CGUUCCCAGUCGUGCUUCUGCUGCUGGUGUCAAAUCUUGCUUCGUGUAUGGGCUCUGUGUAUGUAAAAGACAGCUGACACAGCGCCUAAACUCUCGCGAAAUUGGCAACAAAUCUGACCAAAAUGCUGAGACGUGGCUAUUUCCGGGUCAUGGAGAGGCCGUGGUGGACAGGACGAAAGGCGGAGUGAUUACUAGAGAGGUUUUGCUGUCAAGUGAGUCACUAUCCAGCUGUUGCUAAUCACCUCAGUGCAUGUCUGCAGAAGCUAACCGCAGCUAACUAGCUUGGUACUGCCCGACAGCCCCUCUUUCCCGGUCACAUGAGACGAAUUUGACCGAAGAGAGGAUGGCGGAGCGGGAUAUGCCGCCGGGAGAUCUUCCUCUGCGGUCUUCUUCAGAAAGUUCCGACAAACAAAACUCCUCCGAUGAAAACGGACACACUGACAGCCCGGACGAAACUCUCUCCCCGACCUCAGUGAUUUACUUCAAGGAGGCUUUAAACUCGUCCAACCUGCGCUUCGCAAAGGCUGGAUCGCUGCCGCCCGCUCCGCUUCGACAGUAUGACUUCCAGAUUGAACGAAUCGAAUCGAGGCGACGAAACAAGAUCACCCAGGCUGCCAGGGAGACCAUUUAUCUGUGCAACUUUCGCGUCUCUGUCGAUGGCGAGUGGCUGUGCCUCCGCGAGCUCAACGACAUCUCGCUCACGCCAGACCCCGAGCCGGUCCAUGAAGUCUGUAGUGAAUUUUACGAGCCAAACGCGUUGAUGAUGGAGGAGGAAGGCGCCGUCAUCGCCGGGCUUCUGGUUGGAUUAAAUGUCAUCGAUGCCAAUCUGUGUAUGAAGGGAGAGGACUUGGACUCGCAGGUUGGGGUGAUCGAUUUCUCCAUGUACCUAAAAGACGGCGGACACAGCAGCAAGAGCGUGGAGGGGGACGGUCAGAUCACAGCGAUUCUCGAUCAGAAGAACUACGUGGAGGAGCUGAACAGACAUUUAAGCGCGUCGGUAAAUAACCUGCAGGCCAAAGUGGACGCUCUGGAAAAGUCCAACACGAAGCUGACAGAAGAGCUUGCAGUGGCGAAUAACAGGAUCAUCACUUUACAAGAAGACGUGGAGAGAGUAAAGGAGGAGAGCUCAUAUCAGCUGGAGUCCAGAAAGGCAUUAAGAAGUGAUUCAGCAGCAGACGGACAGGCGCUGGGGGAAACACGCAAGCAGCUCAAAGAGGAAACUUUGCUUCGACUGGAUGUGGAGAAGGAGCUGGAGAUGCAGAUCGGGAUGAAGCAGGAGAUGGAGCUGUCCAUGAAGAUGCUGGAGAAAGACGUCUGUGAGAAGCAGGACGCUCUGGUGGAGCUCAGACAGCAGCUGGAAGACCUUCGUGCCAUCAACCAACAGCUAACGCACAAGUCACAGAGUGUCGAUGCCAGCUCGAAACAGAAGAGUGAGAUCAUCGUUCGCAUGGAGGAGAAAAUGAACCAGAUGUCAGGGACCAUAAAACAGCUGGAGACCAGAUGCAAGCAGGCGGAGAAGGAGAGGGACCUGGCUCUAGAGGCGAACCGGCUCUUCAAGCAGGACUUUGGAGACAAAAUCGAGAGUCUGCAGGUGGAGGUGGAGCAGCUGAGGAAGCAAAGGUCUAAUCUGGAGCGAGAGCUGAGAAAAGGUCGCGAUCGAAAGAGCGAGCAUCACCUCGGUGCCUCCUCGGUACCUCAGUCCAGCACUCCGCGGACCGACAGGAGACAACCAGAGGAUGUACCAACACAACUCGCAGAAUCCCCGUCAGUGAAGGAGAAAGACCAGUUAGAGAGUGGCCCGGAGGACAAAACCAGCCUGUCCCUGUCGCACCACGAGGAUGAGCAGGAGUCGUUCUUGGAGAUCAGCGAGCCUUCCAUGUGUACGAUGUGUGAGCAGGCCGACUCCCUCCUCAAGACAAAGCACAAAAACUUGCCUCCUAUUAACGUCAGAAAGUUUUCCAAGAAGACGGAGUAA